AUUGACCAACGAGCACAGGCCUGCUGAUGUCUCGUCUCGCCGUUCUUUUGUGUUGUCUGUCGGCAGCUGCUCUUUGAAUGCUCUUCCAUGAUUCUCCACGCGUUCACCUGCCCUGAUCCUCACCGUCAUUCGCUCCUUGUCACCACCACGGUCUUGCUACCAUCUGCGUCUGAAGUCCCUUGCUAUGCCCCAACCUUCCGUCCAUCAGCUGUACAAACGCUUGGAGACAGUCGGUAAAGGCGCUUAUGGCUCUGUGCACAAAGGAGAGGAGAUUACGACUGGAAAUGUCGUUGCUCUGAAAAUCAUAAAUCUAGACACUGAAGAUGACGAUGUGGGCGACAUUCAGCGCGAAGUCGCACUCUUGACACAGCUGCGGGACGCGCCAAAUGUCACACGAUACUAUGGUUGCUUUCUGGAUGGUCCUCGAGUCUGGAUUGUCAUGGAGUAUGCUCAGGGAGGCAGCGUCCGCACGCUCAUGAAGGCUUGUAAAGACGGCGUUCUCGAGGAGAAGUACGUCUCUGUGAUCACAAGGGAGGUUCUCAUGGGCUUGAGCUAUCUGCACAAAUCUGCGAUUAUUCAUCGUGACCUCAAAGCCGCCAACAUCCUCAUAACUGCAGCAGGAAGGGUGAUGAUAUGCGAUUUCGGCGUGUCUGCACUCCUCGUGACCGCCUCUAGUAAACGAAACACUUUGGUUGGUACACCACAUUGGAUGGCUCCCGAAGUAGCGAAUGCCUCGGCGUACGACACAAAAGCUGAUAUCUGGAGCCUGGGCAUCAUGAUUUACGAGAUGAAUAAAGGGAGCGCGCCUAAUUCACAUGUUGUGGACCAAGCAAAACUUAUUCAAAUGAUCCCCCGAAUGAAACCGCCACGAUUAAUAGAGGGUGAGGGGAGCAAAGAACUGCGCGAAUUUGUCUCACACUGCUUGAGAGAAUUGCCGAACGACCGUCUGACUGCUGACGAGCUGUCCAAGACAAAAUGGAUUAAAUCUAUUGCGAAAGUUCCCAUAAUGACGCUCAAGGAUCUUAUUCUUCGAUACGAUGCCUGGCAGCAGAGCGGUGGUUCCAGAGCAAGUGUGGCUGGUCGACUCCCAUGGGAAGAGGAAGAGGAACGAGAUUCUCAGCCCCCAGUGGAUUUGGAGGACGAGAAUCCAUGGGAGUUUGACACCGUACGUGGGCGCCCAUCCAUUGAUUCAGGGAGGACGAGCUCGGAAUAUGGUCUUCUGGCUACCCCAGACGAUGAGACCCCAUCAGCAUUUCCAACUGUGAGACCUUCUGCCGCUUCAAAAGUUCCUCCUACUCUGCGCAGGCUUUUCGAGGACGAGAGUGCAGCUUCAGACCCUUUCCGGAUGCCAGGUUUUGGACCUCCGCACAGCGAGCUGCAAAUCAACACGCCCCCACUGCUUCCUCCCAGCUCUCAAUUACGUGUCCGGAGUCGGUCUGGAGUGAGGAUGCCGCUAUCCGCUGAUUCCGCCGGAGCCGAGCCGGACACAGCGAAACAGUCUGACUUUGUCUUCCCUCCGCGGACUUCUACACCACGGAGUAAAUCCAAGUUGCCUCCGUUGCCUCCCAAUGACGAUGAGGAUGAUCGCGAUCGGCUGCCCCCUCUUGGUCCUGGAAUCCCGAUAGGCAAAAGACCAGAGGGACCAGCGAGUAGUGGGCUAGGGUACACCGCUCAAUCUGGGAGAUCGAUACCGAGCUAUCGCGAAGUCCGUUCGAAUCGCGGCCCUCCUGAUAUAGAGAUCCCAGCACCUCCGAAGAAGUCUUCGCUUGACUUGGCCAUUGAAGGCUCCACUCCUCCGAUCGUGUUGUCGUCGUCUUCUCCAGAACAUCCUCCCAUUCCUCCUGAGAAGCCCAAUAUCUUUCGUAAACGUUCUCGGAGUACCGCUGCAGGAAGUUCGUCGUCAGUAUUACGGUCGCAUCGCACUGAGCGCACUCCUCCUCCAUCUGCAGGAUUCCGGUUUCCUGCAACGCCAGGGUCGGGAGGUGGGCGGCUCGUCGAUUCCCCCCUUCCGACGCCCGAGAUCUUCAGAGGACAUAAUCGCGCAUCUCCGAGCCAUGCAAGCGUAUCUACUAUUUCCACGAUGUCCUCUGGUGCACACCAGUUCACACAAUCUCUGGAUGCUCGCGUUCUUCCGAGACGGGUGCCCUCCCCGACGCAAGUCCCCACCCCACCCUUGCUGGGUCGUGCCCAUUCGGCGAUGGCAGCACCGGAGGCUACUGCAGAGUCUAGUUCGGCUUCAGUAGCACGCAAGCCUAGCUUGAACCGCCUGGCAUCAGUGGCUGUGAUGGAGAACGUACACAAAGCCUUGCCACCGCUUGUAAGACCGUUUGCGCGCAAUCGGGAGGCGCGGAGUGGGAGUUUGGCGGAAUCAUCUUUUCAUGGUCCAUCGGUCCCACUUCCUGGCCUCAAGGACGUGCUGAAGAUCCCAACCCUCACAUCGGAGCACAAGCUGGGAAUGCCCGAUUUGCUUCCUCCAUCGCCUUCCAUCACACAGCCCCCUCGAGCAGCCCCGUCGCCAAGCCCAUUUAGCUAUACACAUGUAGACACAGGACACUCUCGAUCACUCCCGCUCGCAAACUCGGCGGCUUCCUCUUCAACCACCUCUCUCAGCUCGCUAUCAUCACAAAUGAAUAAUUCUAUCAGUGAAGGGCGCGUGGGCACAAGCGAUUCUUCUACCUCUUAUACACAAUCCCAUUCGCGGUCUCUUUCUCAUAACGGCACAUCUCAGUCGUUCCCCGGCCCUUUGUUCGACCUUAUUGGGCCUCCUAUACGGCCUCUGGAUUUUGGUUCGUUGGUCACAUCCCACGAAGCCACGCACGCUGCACUGGCGCAAACGGUGGAUGACCUCGCGCAGUGGCUGUCUCUGGUCGAAAUCGGGCUCACACACAUGUUGGACAGAGCGACCGAGGCAACUAUUGAGGAAGAGCAAGAACAGGAGAUACCAGAUGGUGAAGGUGCUGACCUUGUGAACCCAUAUCCGGCGCUGGUCGCUGGCGAACCAUCAUCAUAACAUUGGACUAAUUUUCGUACACUGUGGCUCGUGCUCGGACACAAUAAUGCGAUCUGUAAUGCAUAACAAUAAUCUAGUCCGUGGUUGCAUUUGUCCAAUCUCAUAUGUACAUGUCUCGCUCGUAAUCAUAACAAUGGACGAUGUUUUCACACAGCAUCUAGCGGAGCUCUACUACAGCCCACAAAGACAUCGAUAACAACAGGCGAAAAGAUGGAUGACU